CUGGAGUAGAUGGCAGUCGAUGGAGUGUGGUGGAUGUGGUUGUAGAUGGAUGUGAGAGUAGAUGAUGUGAGAGUAGAGGAUGAUAUAGAUGAGGAUGUAGAUGAGAUGAUGGUUGAUGGAAUGGGAUGAUGAUGGAGGCUUUCUUCUGGUCGAGAUGGAUGCUGCCAGAUGCCCUCUCUCUUAUACCAAAGUCAAGUCUAGUCUUGAUCACGGCGAGCACCAUUUCUGUCCAUACGCAGCCAUACACAGACUGCGUUUUGCCCAAAGCAGGCACACCACCAUGGUGGACUUGGACGGCUGGCUAUUCAUGCGCUGCUAUUUCGGGUGGGGGGUUCGGACGGCCAAGCCAGGCACAGGGGGUCACAAUUGCUACGUGGGGUUUGGCAGUCCCCGGAUUCGUCCCGAAACGAAACAUCCGGCCCGCCCGCGCCUUGCGGAAUGUCUUUUGGACGCGCAGGGCCGCGCCCACGACUUGGAUGCUUCCGCCCUGCUCGGCCUCGUACUACCCGUCUCCCUCAACAGUAUAGAUGGAGGACGAAGAGGAAGCCGAGCUCCUGGCCAAGUCGGCACGAGCAGCAAACCAAGGCCGCCCUCAAAUCAUGACUCGAGACGACAUGCAGAAUCUCGCAACGUCGAGACGGCCGCCAUCGUGACAGCCGACAACCAGAGGGCUCCCCCACGGCGGCCGGUCGGGACGCGUCUGGCAGUGCGGUAG